AUGGAGAUGAUGAAGCUGAAGAAGAGGAGUCAGAGGCUCAAAUUGAGAUUACCAAUAAUGAUAUUGAAGUUGUUGGUGCUACUACUAGUGGACCGAAUUUAUAAGAAGAAAAACUUGGGAAAAACUAUGGAGAUGAUGAAAGCUGAAGAAGAGGUGUCAGAGGCUCAAAUUGAGAUUACCAAUAAUGAUAUUGAAGUUGUUGGUGCUACUACUAGUGGACCACAAACAAAUAAAUUGCCAAGGAGUUGUUCAUUGUCACAUCUACUAGAAUUGGAUUACUUUGAGUCAAUUCCACAAUUGCUAGGUGACAAUUCAUACCACACAAGUUUUGAUAAUGACCAAAGUUACACAUAUGUGAACAAUGUUAAUACAAAUGCGGUUCAUCAAAUGGAGAAAUCUCAGCUAGGGGAAGUGUCACACCAACAUAAUAGCCAAAAUAAUAAUUAUAAUAUCUUCUUCAACCAGCAACCUGUUUUUGUAAAUCCAGCUUUUCAAUUUCAGUGA